UAUACAGAGGUGGUGCAACCAUUAUUGACCCUCUUUCGUUCACAGCCUUUUUCUCUCUUUUCUUCGUGCUCGAGUUUGCGUAAGAAUCUCACAUAAUCCAAGCGAGAGGAGAGAGAGAAAAAGUCUGCAACCAUGUUGCUCUACCAAGACCUUCUUACUGGUGAUGAGCUUUUGUCAGACUCUUUCCCCUACAAGGAACUCUUUAAUGGAUGUCUUUGGGAGGUAGACGGAAAGUGGGUUGUUAAGGGAGCAGUGGAUUUUGACAUUGGUGCUAAUCCUUCUGCUGAAGGCGGUGAUGGGGAAGAAGCUGUCGAUGACCAGGCUGUCAAGAUUGUUGACAUUGUUGAUACCUUUAGGCUGCAGGAGCAACCUGCCUUUAGUAAGAAGGAAUUUGUUGCCUGGGUGAAGAAAUACAUCAAGCUCCUGACUGGAAAGUUGGACGCUGAGAAGGCUGACGAGUUCAAGAAGAAUAUUGAACCAGCGACCAAGUUUCUCAUGUCAAAGCUCAGCGACCUUCAAUUUUUUGUGGGCGAGAGCAUGGGUGACGAUGCUGGAUUGGUCUUCGCUUACUACAAGGAAGGUGCUACUGACCCAACUUUCUUGUACUUUUCUCAUGGGUUGAAGGAAGUUAAGUGUUAAGAGGAUGAGUUUGUCCAUAACACCUCUUAAGAGGUGUUGUCGUAUUUUUAACUUUCUAGGUUAAGCUAUUUUAAGUUACUUUAAGUUUUCUUUUUGCACUAUAUUUGGUCAUUUUGGUGUGAGACUUUUGUUUGUUUGACAAUGUGGAAGUUUGACAUUGGUUGGCUUUCAUACGUGUGUUAGUAUGUUAUCGUUUUGUUUCAUUGAGAAUUUUGGAUAUAUAUAACAAUUAUAUACACUCCCAUUUACUGA